UGGGACGCCGUGAGCUGGACCAGGCGAAGCCUUCCCUGCCUACGCCGUGAGGGAGUCCUGGGGUGAAGGAGCUGCCGGGAGGGUCGCCAGGGCCCCUCGGGCCGUGGACAGCUUGGGCUUCUGAAGGCCAGAACCCUCCCGAGCCGAGACCAUGGCAAGCCCAGGAAAAGACAAUUAUCGAAUGAAGAGCUAUAAGAACAAUGCCUUAAACCCUGAGGAAAUGAGACGAAGAAGAGAGGAAGAGGGCAUUCAGCUCCGGAAGCAGAAGCGCGAGCAACAACUUUUUAAACGGAGAAAUGUGGAGCUGAUUAAUGAAGAACCUGCCAUGUUUGAUAGUCUGCUGAUGGACUCCUAUGUGAGCUCUACAACUGGGGAGAGUGUGAUCACAAGAGAGAUGGUGGAGAUGCUCUUUUCUGAUGAUUCUGACUUGCAGUUAGCAACCACACAGAAAUUCCGGAAACUGCUCUCCAAAGAACCAAGUCCUCCAAUAGAUGAAGUUAUCAACACUCCAGGGGUAGUUGAUCGCUUUGUAGAGUUUCUGAAGAGGAAUGAGAACUGUACAUUGCAGUUUGAAGCUGCCUGGGCUCUAACAAACAUUGCCUCUGGAACCUCUCAGCAGACUAAAAUUGUCAUUGAAGCAGGGGCUGUCCCCAUUUUUAUAGAGCUGCUUAAUUCAGACUUUGAAGAUGUACAAGAACAGGCAGUCUGGGCUCUGGGAAACAUAGCUGGAGACAGUUCUGUUUGCCGAGAUUACGUCUUGAAUUGUUCCAUCCUUAAUCCUCUGUUAACGCUCCUUACAAAGUCCACACGACUGACAAUGACACGGAAUGCAGUCUGGGCCCUGUCAAACCUUUGCCGAGGGAAGAACCCACCCCCAGAGUUCGCAAAGGUCUCUCCUUGUUUGCCUGUAUUGUCUCGCCUACUCUUCAGCAGCGACUCAGACUUGCUCGCAGAUGCUUGCUGGGCCCUCUCUUACCUAUCUGAUGGCCCCAAUGAGAAGAUCCAGGCGGUCAUAGACUCUGGAGUGUGUCGGAGAUUGGUAGAACUUCUGAUGCACAAUGAUUACAAAGUGGCUUCUCCUGCCUUGAGAGCCGUGGGUAACAUUGUCACUGGGGACGACAUCCAGACCCAGGUUAUUCUUAACUGUUCAGCUCUCCCUUGCCUCCUCCACUUGCUGAGCAGCUCUAAGGAGUCAAUCCGGAAGGAAGCUUGCUGGACCAUUUCAAACAUCACUGCUGGCAACAGGGCUCAAAUACAGGCUGUCAUAGAUGCAAAUAUCUUCCCUGUGUUGAUUGAAAUUCUUCAGAAAGCAGAGUUUCGUACAAGGAAAGAAGCAGCCUGGGCUAUCACCAAUGCCACAUCAGGAGGAACCCCUGAACAGAUCAGGUACCUAGUGUCACUGGGCUGCAUCAAGCCCCUAUGUGACUUGCUGACUGUAAUGGAUUCAAAGAUUGUCCAAGUGGCCCUCAAUGGACUAGAGAACAUCCUCCGGCUUGGAGAACAAGAGGGCAAGCGUAGUGGCUCAGGGGUAAAUCCCUAUUGUGGCCUCAUUGAGGAAGCCUAUGGCUUGGAUAAAAUUGAGUUUCUCCAGAGCCAUGAGAACCAGGAAAUCUACCAGAAGGCCUUCGACCUCAUUGAGCAUUACUUCGGUGUAGAAGAUGACGACAGUAGCCUGGCCCCUCAGGUGGAUGAGACACAACAGCAGUUCAUCUUCCAGCAGCCUGAGGCCCCCAUGGAGGGCUUCCAGCUAUAAUGUCUGCCUCCGGGGAGGGGAGGGGAUGGGAAGCACCACCAGCCAGCAGAAGAGCAGCCCUCCGGCUGGCAGGAACACAGCCACCCCACCGCCAGCCACCAUAUGCCUGCUGCUCUGGAGACUGUGCUCUUGACCUGCUCUACCCCCUUCCCUGGAGGGAGCACCCUCUGGACAGAACCAUCUGAGGCUCACAUUUGGGUUUUGUGACAAGAAGGGGACAUGUGGGUUUUUCUUCCUUACACUAUAUUUUGGCUGCACACAUGUCUUUAACCCACGAGCCCAGGGGAGACAAAGGAGGACUGAGGUAAUCAAUUUGCACCUUUACAUUUUUUUCUUAUUUUUCCUCUAGUGGUGACUUCCUUCCCAUUUUUCUUUCUUCGUCCAUCCCAGUCCUCUGCCCUGAUCUGUGUAACUCUUAUCUUGGGUACUUGAGCAGAUGGAAUAUCCCAGAGGUGGGAGGGGAGGGGAGAAGUGCAAAACAAAGUAUUCUUGCUCUGACAGAAUAUUAAUCUUGUAUGCUUGGAUUGAGUUAUUUAAUUAUUUUUUUCUUUUGCACAUUUUUCUUAUAUUAAGGUUGUUCUUCCCAAAAGCUGGUUUUAGGAAUCCCAGCUGCCAGCAUUGUCUGGAAAUAGAGGCUAAUGGGGAGGCCACCACAAGACAAAGGCCUGUCUCCCCAUCCCUAUGCCUAAGACCUCUUUAGUUUGGGAGCCCACCCCCCUGCCACUCUCCUGGAGCAAGUGUACCAAUGGGAGAGGAGGGGAGGAGCACAGGCCUUCAGAUGGCUUCCCAUACGUAGCUACUGACCCUAUGUUUCCCACCCACCUCCCAAAUGGUGCGACCCAACUUCAUUUGUUUACUUGAAAAUUCCUCUCAGAGUAAAAUGAACCUCUGAGGUGGUUGUAUUUUCUCUUAAGCUCGAGACAGGGGGCUAUGGUCCUCCCUUCUCUUGGGGAGAAAGUCCUUGCUCUGGUAACCCAUUAGUUGUAGAGGAGGUUGGAUUUAGGGUCAUGUAUUGGGAUAGUCAGGAAUCCCUGCCUUCGGCCUUUCUUCUUCCUCUUCUAUAGUUGGAUCAUGUAUAUUUUACUUCCAAAGGAGAGAAUGUCAAAAAGUUCUGUAUUUUUUUAUAUUCUAUAUUUUAAGUAGGUCAGUCUUAAUUGGUCGUAGGAGGAAGAAUCGCCUAUAAGUAGGAUACUGUGAGGAAGACCAAGAAGGGACAUAGAAGCUUCCUUGCUCAGAAGAACUGUUGGUUCUUUUCUUUUUCUGCUUGGACUCUGGGCUACCACUUGGGACCAACUCUCACCUCUGGAAGCUUUAUAAAGUGAGUCAGCCUGGUCUGGUUGUCUCAGUACCUGAAGGAAGCAGGAGGGCCUCAAGGCCUAGUGAAGUCUACCACUGUGGUCCUUCCUUCUGAGCAUCUUGCCUCUAUCAGGAAACCUAGAAAGCAGUCUGUCUUCUCUAAUUCAUUCUCAGUUCGCUGUUAUCCACUUAAGUUCUGACACACAGCAGCCUCCUCAUGUUAUCAUAGAAACUUAGCAACCUGAAUACUUUUGUGAGAGCUGUUGCUAUCUUCCCUUUUUGGAAUCCUUGUACCUGGCUUGGAUUUUCUCUUGUGACAGUUUUAUAGGUACCUUUUCUUUCUUUCAGAGUGAAAUAAGCGCAGUGCCACAGUGGCUUACCUAUAUUUUAGUGGGUUACUCAUAAACUCAACUCUUGGGGAUGGGGGCACGGGAUGCUGUCAAGCUAAGUGUAGACCAGCUAUGGAGCUGGUAGUACAGUCUGCCCUGCCCCUGCCUCCCUGCUGUGGCUAAUGAGAGGUUUCUGCUCAAGGCUACUCUUCUCCAGAAAAAAAGGCUGUUCUUACUCCCACUCCUACAUACCCCUUUGGCUCAGGUGAAACCUAUGGCUCCACUUACAGAUCUAAAGUUCAGGUUCUCACUGUUGAUUUUCAGUUUGCCCACUUCUUUAGUUUGCGAGCCCCACUCCACAUUCAUUUUCAGAGGGCUAGUAGUUUAUACUGAAAAAUCUCACCAAAGUUAUAACACCUUGGUGAGUCAAAUGCUACUAUUUAAUCCACCCUCAAUGUCUAAUGAGGCAAGGGGCAGGACCUUUUUUGCCUGGCCUGCUACUUUAUUACAAACUGUGCUCCUAGUUCAAAGAAAAGCCCUCCAUUGCUAUCCAUGUCUAAUGGAUGGAAUAGUUCAGUAGUAUCUACUUUGAACAUCACAAAUAACAAUUAAGUCCCUGACAUUGGAGCCAGAUUCUUAUCAUGAAGCAUAAACAGUCCUCCUUUCCCAACUUUUCCUCCAGUAUCUCAUUUUCAGACUUGGGUUCUAUACUAGAUGGAAUACUGUUGGUCAUCCAGCUGCUGCUUAAAGCCAGUUUGCUCCAGUGUCUGAUUUCUGCUGGCCCAACAUGAGCAGAUUUCAGAGAAAAGUGGCCUCAGGAGCUUUCUCUUACAUCUUUCUCAGACCAUUUUCCCCUUCUCUUUAAAUCCCUUUAUAUCCUACUAGAGUCCACAGGUAAAGUUAAUCCAGCCACAGAGGCAGUACAGUCAACCUUUCUGUCUUCUCUCCUUCAGCUGUCUUAAAGAGCUACUCUUUGUGGACAUCCCCAACCUGGGCUCUAGACCCUGACCUAGGUGAAAUUGGAAUCUUUCCAGCAGAGUUCUAAAUGGUUACUGCCAGGCUGAAAGAGCUUCCCAGAUAUAUAGCCUGCUCCACCCAAGGUAACCUGGUGUGUUAAUACAUGGCUCAUAUAUCCAUUUUAAGAUUUCUGCCGUGGGUGGAAAUAUCUGGGUGUGGGUUAAAAACACAGGGGCCUUUUUCUUACCCCAUGCAUUCACGAAAUGUUUUCAACUGUGCCAGUUAUUGUUGAUAGCCAGCAUCUUCAGUUUGCACCUUAAAUCAUGUUUAGUACUAAGAGGGUAUCUGGACUUAGACACUGUCUUCAGUUUCUGGUCUCUAUCUGGUGACUCUAAGUCUUGAUACUAGCUGUAGCCUUUUGAUAGGAACAUACUGGUCCCAUCCUCCAUUUGGCACCAUGAUUACUUGGGUUGGUAAAGACAAAUGACCCUUCCAUGGAGGUGGUGUUGACCUCUGCUUUUGGAGAUCUUUGGUAUCCCCGCUACCUAGGACCCUCUAUUUACAUUCACCCUUUGCUGUGGGACCCCUGUAUUUGAAGCUAGGUACAGGUCACACUGCUGUUGUAUUUAACUAAAGGAGAGGAAAAGAAGUUUCUUAGACAUAGACUACUUCUCUCAAGCCAAGCCAGUGAAGAAGGACACUUUCUACUUUCUCAUGUCUACCUGGAAAGCCCAGCAGUCCUAACUUCUUCGCCCUCUGUGUCCUUCCUGGAGGCCUCAGCUCUUCUCCUGUAGGUUCACUCAGUUUCUUAUUGGGUAUUCUUCAGUACAUUUUGUAAGCUCAAAUUCUAGCUUCUGAAAGGCAAAAGGCCAGCUUCUCCAGGUCCCUGUAGAUCUAGCAGGGAAGACAGAACAGUGAUGUGCUUCCCUAGCAGGCUGGGGAAGGGUAGAGGACUUAGUGCAGGGAACCGUGUUCAUGUCCAGCACCAGCAGCUUUCGGGUAGCACUGCCCUACAAGGUGGUGAGCGUGGGUUUCUCCUGGCCAUUUAGGAUUGCACAUUCUAGAUCAAACUCAUCCAGUCUUUUUUUUCCCUCUGUUUUACAUUUUGUAUUCUUUGUCAAGCCAACAAACUGAGAAUUUGAUCCUAUAAGGAUCUAUGUGGUAGACACUAGCUGCUCCUUGGCCAAGACCUUCUUAACUGAUCAGUAUCCCAGUUAUCCCCUAGUCCUACCCCACAAUUAAGACCAUGGCAGAGAAACAAUUUGGGGUCAUCUCCAACCAAAUCAGAAUGUAAACUGCUAUUUGCCUUUUGAGAGGGCAUUUGUUUCAAACCUAAACUAUGGGCAGGACCAAAGCUGGCCAUGAGAAAAUCAGCCAUGAACUGGGGAACCUGAUCACCACGGGGGAGAGGUUUGUGUGGUGUGUCUUCAAGGGCUUGGGCUUCCUACCCACUCCCAGGCCAGCCUGACUUCUGAAUUUCCCAUUAGUGCACAACAGAACUCUGAUAACACACUAGCCCUGUUCUCCUUUGUGGGUCUGAUUUUUAACCUAUAGGUUUAGGGAAAGAACUAUGUGCCAUGCCCAGGGAGCUGUGAAGGAAGUCACAGCUCAGAUCCUAAGGCUGCCUGGGAACCUAAGUCAGAGGUUCAUACUCUGUGAGCCCUCAGACACUGGACUUGGGUAUUUGGGGGGGAGGGGGGGAGUUAAGCCAGCUUUUGUGAAAAAUGCCUUUUUGACACAUUAAAAGAAGGGGAUAUGGGGUUUCAGCUACCCAGCAGGCAGCAUCCCCCAACAAGGACAGCUUGAGUUUCCAGGUAAGGAUCCUAGGAAGGUAAUCAAAUCCUUCUCACUGGUUUUGCUUUCCAAAAUCAUUUGCUUUUAUUUUUCUAAGAACUGUAAACUCUAUUUUUUCAUGUUCUCAGGGCCCCUGGGUAGACAGACAAAGCUUGAUAAUUUCAGAGCAGAAAUAGGCCAAGAAACAGUGGCAUUGAGUGUGCUGAGUCCAGACAAAUGAUAUUUAUAUACACAUCCAAAUUUGAAGCGAAAAUGUAUUUCUUUAGGUUUCAAACACUGUAAUAGAUAUAAAGCAAAAAUAAAAAACCUGUUGCAAAGUU